AUGGGUUGGACACUCACCGCUCUUGGGGUGGCUUUGGUCAUUGUCGUCGUGGCCGGUGCCGCCCUGGCUCUCUGCAGAAGAUAUUGCACCGGCUGGCAGUGGGGCACCAGAAACAUAUGGAACGUCUGCGAGGAAUGGCGACAAAGGCUGUCAUGGUUAUGGGCUCCGCGAGAAGAAAAGGUCGGUUUAGUAAAAGCGCAGCACCCGACAGCCCAGACAAUCCCCGGUUUGUAUCGACAACCUGGAAACGUGUCUCAACAUUUGCUUCACAGUGACAGCGACCUCAGACUCGAUGCUCAAGGAGCUUUCACCAGAUUCGAACCGGUGGACAGGGAUCUCCAUCCGCCUCUAGGCACCACUACCGGUAGUACGAUACCACCGCAACCUUUGAGACCAGCGCCUCAACCAAGGCCGACUGCUAGACCAAGGCCAUCUCCGCUUCAAACCACGAGCACCGUAGACUACCUGAGAAUGCAAGAGGCUGGUCCGAUUCCUCUGACGCCACCACCGUCGUUGCAAAGACCGUCGGUUCCCUCGAGAUCGACCGGUCCGUCGGUGUUUCUUUUCCAGAGCGAACCCAUCAAGAAUUACGGGCUGCAUAAAACGACAAACGACCACGGAGCGUUUAGAUUCGAUGGCGAAGCAACGAAGACCAUGGCGGAGAGUAUUCAAAUGACACAGUACGGCUCGCAGAAUCACGUAGACACAAGACUGAGAUACGAGCGCGAUUUAGAGGAAGAACGAAGGAAAGAGAACAGAGUCAACCCUUACAGGCAAUUCGAUGCCGGUGUAGAAUCGACCAGGAUCAGAUACGACGUACACGGUGUGCCUAUAGCUACCCUAGAUGGGAAAGGGGACGAGGAGAGCAACAUGAGCUACGGUAGCUACGACAUCGUCCACAGGAGUCACAUGAUACGGCAACAUGUCAGGAAUGAUUCUAGAGGCUCUCCGAGCAGUUUCGGUAUGGCGAAUUCUUCGAAUGCCGCCAGCCAGACUAUCAUGGAAUCGAUAUACGGGCCCGAGGAGCUGUCUAAGAUGCUUCAGAGCACUCAGAGUCUCGGCAACGACCUCGAUCAUAAGAGCAACGAGAUGCAAAGCAUCGAGAUGACGCCCUUUAGAAGUUCCAGCUUUCAGGAGAACAUCGGUCCGUCCUACUUGUUUCAGGAGUCUCAAGGCUUGCAGAAGGUCUCGCAGUACAUUCAGAGUUUACCCGAUCUUCCUAUAUACGACUCGAUUAACGAACUCGGACUCCACGAAGAUCAGGAUCGCGUGCUGUACGACGACACGAUUCAGGAAUCGAUCAACGCGAUGAAGGUCAAUAGCGAGACGGCCUCCAGCCCGAUACCACCACCACCCGCGCCACCUGAUCCACCGAAAGAUGUGCCAAAGAAGAACGGACAGACCACUGGCGAAAGAAUAUUCAACGCUCUCAGAUUGGUCACCUCGCAGAGUUACAUCGACGCCUCGGAAUUUUACAAUUCAGUUGUGUCUUCGGCACAGCAAGUUCAACAUUUCACCUUCCCGUCGAGGUCUCCGUCGUCGUUGGUGCAGGACAGCACCGGCAGCCAAUUGCGGGAUGAAGUUCGGGAUAUCUAUGCAGAGAACGAUUCCGAUGUAACAGGCCUCGACGGAUCUAGACGUAGUUCCGAUCUUUACAGCCCCGAACUUAAUUUGGAAGCACACAGGACAGCACAAGAGGUGUACAAUAGUUUACAAGACCCACCGUCGUCACCGUUGCUAGUCAAAGAUAACAGUCAAGAGGUUUAUACGUACAUGACCGACCCCAGUUUCACGCGAACCUCCGAGGAUAUCUUAAACAGCAUCGAACAAAGGAGAAAAAGUAUGGAGAGAUUAAACGGUAUUCACGAACUCCACGAACUCCACGAACUCCACGAACUCAACGAACUCGACGAAGCGGAUUCACUGAGGAAACGGAACAAUCACGAGUUCUACAUUGCGCUGGAGGAAGUACAUUUGAAACGAAAAUUCUUUCAGAGUUUCAUCACAAACUAUACCAUGAACGAUUACAACGAGAUCAACCCUGGAAGUCGCCGUGGACCCCAAGGACCAGAUCCAGAGCCUCCGCCGGAUGAAUCGAACCUGAAAAGAGCAAUAAGCUGCGAAAGUGUGUGCUCCGAUACGAGUGUAGUAUUAAAUGACCUCGAAGAAGCGCCUAUCGUAGGUUACGUGUGUGUCGGUGUCCAAUACGACAGAUGGGGUGGUCGAGGUGCUGAUAGCGAGGGUGAUCUCGCGGUCAGCGUCCUCGAGGCCAGAGAUCUCAUCACUCCGGAUGGCCAACCAGCUCAAGAUACUUUUGCUAGAGUUUGUCUGUUACCAAACAGGCAGUUUUACGUAAACACCAGAUUGUAUAGAGGAAGUCCAUCGCCUAGUUACCAAGAGAAUUUUUUGUUCCCUCUAGACGAUGGUCCCACGGGAAGAACUCUUCUCGUCGAAGUGUUCUCCGACGAAACCAGUACGGGUGAUGGAACAUCCCUCAUCGGGGAAGCUAGGUUACGUCUAGGACCCGCGCCAAGAACGACGACCACUACUUGGUUACCACUCAUGGGAUCGGCUUUACCCACGCCGAGACUCGGAGAAUUGAUGUUCUCCUUGAGUUAUCUGCAAACGGCUGAAAGACUCAACCUGGUGGUCGUGAAGGCCAGGAAUCUACGUGGCAUCAAUAACGUACCGGGGGACUUCUUCGUUAAGGUUUAUUUGCUACAGCAAGAGAAGAAGAUACAUAAGAAAAAGACAACCGUGAAGAAAGGAGAGGAAAGUCCGAUCUUCAACGAGGCAAUCAUUUUUAACGUUCCCAGUCACAUCCUGCAGAACAUACAGAUAAGACUAACCGUAGCGGAAGUUAACAGUGACCAGAGCGCAAAUUCGAAACCGCAUUCCGUCGGACACGUUAUCGUUGGACCUUCGUCGACGGGAAGAGCGAGGCAUCCGCUGAGGAAAUGA